AGAGCGCGGUUGUCUUCGGCGCCGAGGCAACGGGCCAAAGGAUUGCCAUGGACGCUCUCGGGGACUACGUGUGGCCGCGGGCGACCUCCGAGCUCAUACUUCUCCCGGUUACGGGGCUGGAGUGCGUGGGGGACCGGUUGUUAGCGGGUGAGGGGCCUGAUGUCCUGGUAUACAGCUUGGACUUUGGUGGACAUCUUCGGAUGAUGAAGAGAGUGCAGAACCUGCUUGGCCACUAUCUUAUCCAUGGGUUCCGGGUUCGGCCAGAGCCCAAUGGAGACCUGGACUCAGAGGCCAUGGUAGCUGUGUUUGGAAGCAAGGGACUCCGAAUUGUGAAGAUUAGCUGGGGUCAGAGCCGCUUCCGGGAGCUCUGGCGCUCUGGCCUAUGGAACAUGUCCGACUGGAUCUGGGAUGUACGCUGGCUUGAAGGCAACGUGGCCCUGGCCCUGGGUCACAACUCAGUGUUGCUCUAUGACCCAGUGGUAGGGUGCAUGCUGCAAGAUGUGCCCUGUACAGACAGGUGCACCCUCUCCUCAGCCUGCCUGAUUGGAGAUACUUGGAAGGAGCUAACUGUUGUGGCAGGUGCCAUUUCCAACCAGCUCCUAGUCUGGUACCCAGCAGCUGCUCUAGCAGACAACAAGCCUGUGGCACCUGACCGACGGGUCAGUGGGCAUGUGGGUGUCAUCUUCAGCAUGUCCUACCUGGAAAGCAAAGGUUUGCUGGCAACAGCUUCAGAAGACCGAAGUGUUCGUAUCUGGAAAGUUGGUGAUCUGCGGGUGCCUGGGGGUCGGGUGCAGAAUAUCGGGCACUGCUUCGGGCACAGUGCCCGUGUGUGGCAGGUCAAGCUCCUAGAGAAUUACCUUAUCAGUGCAGGGGAGGACUGUGUCUGCUUGGUAUGGAGUCAUGAAGGUGAGAUCCUCCAAGCCUUUCGGGGCCACCAGGGCCGUGGGAUCCGGGCCUUGGCUGCUCAUGAGAUGCAGGCCUGGGUUAUCACUGGGGGUGAUGACUCGGGCAUUCGGCUGUGGCACCUGGCAGGGCGUGGAUACCCAGGAUUAGGAGUCUCAGCUCUCAGCUUUAAGUCCCCUAGCAGGCCAGGGACCCUCAAGGCUGUGACAUUGGCUGGCUCUUGGCGACUGUUGACUGUGACUGAUACAGGUGCCCUGUACCUCUAUGAUCUGGAGGUCAAAUGUUGGGAGAAGCUGCUAGAGGAUAAACACUUCCAGUCUUACUGCCUGCUGGAGGCAGCUCCUGGUCCUGAAGGCUUGGGACUGUGUGCCAUGGCUAAUGGGGAAGGUUGUGUUAAGGUUGUCCCCAUCAACACUCCGACUGCUGCUGUGGACCAUGGCCUGUUCGCUGGCAAAGUCCACAGCCUGAGCUGGGCUCUGCGUGGCUAUGAGGAGCUCCUGUUGCUGGCCUCUGGUCCUGGGGGAGUGAUGGCUUGCCUAGAGAUCUCAGCCGCACUCUCUGGCAAGGCCAUCUUUGUCACAGAACGUUGCCGGUACCUGCUCCCCCCAAGCAAGCAGAGGUGGCACACAUGCAGUGCCUUUGUGCCCCCAGGUGACUUCCUGGUGUGUGGAGACCGCCGAGGCUCUGUGUUGCUCUUCCCUUCCAGACCAGAAGUGCUCAAGGACCCUGGGGUCGGAGGCAAGGCGGAGGCUGGAUCUGGGCCAGUUGGAGGGGACAGUGGCACUGAUGGCAGUAAUGCUGUAGCUGAGUGGAGCCCUGUGUCUACCCUUCAUUCUCUGCAUGGGAAACAGGGUGUGACUUCGGUCACCUGCCAUGCUGGGUAUGUGUAUAGCACAGGGCGGGAUGGUGCCUACUACCAGCUCUUGGUGCGAGGUGGCCAGCUCCAACCAGUCCUACGGCAGAAGACAUGUAGGGGCAUGAACUGGGUGGCUGGGCUUCACAUGGUACCUGAUGGUAGCAUGGUCAUCCUGGGUUUCCAUGCCAAUGAAUUUGUGGUAUGGAGCCCACGGUCACAUGAGAAGCUGCAUGUUGUCAGUUGUGGAGGAGGGCACCGUUCCUGGGCCUUCUCUGAUACUGAAGCAGCCAUGGCCUUUGCCUACCUUAAGGAUGGAGAUGUCAUGUUAUACCAGGCUCUGGGUGGCUGUACCCGGCCACAUGUGAUCCUCCGGGAGGGUCUGCACGGCCGGGAGAUCACCUGUGUAAAACGUGUAGGCGCCAUCACCCUGGGGCCCGAGUUUCAAGUGCCCUGCCUGGAGCAGCCCGACUUCCUGGAGCCUGGAAGUGAGGGGCCUGGGCUGACUGACAUCGUGAUCACCUGCAGUGAGGACACUACUGUCUGUGUCCUGGCACUCCCCACCACCACAGGCUCAGCCCAUGCCCUCACAGCUGUCUGCAAUCAUAUCUCUUCUGUGCGAGCCAUGGCUGUAUGGGGACUCGGCACCCCAGGGGGCUCUCACAGUCCCCAGCCAGGUCUGACCGCCAACAUAGUAUCUGCAGGGGGUCGAGCAGAGAUGCACUGCUUCAGCAUCGUAGUCAGUCCUGACUCUGGCACCCCAAGUGGCCUUGCCUGCCACGUAAUGCACCUUUCGUCCCACCGGCUAGAUGACUACUGGGACCAGCAGCGCAAUCGGCAUCGGAUGGUCAAGGUGGACCCUGAAACCAGGUACAUGUCCCUUGCUAUCUGCGAACCUGACAGGCCUGGUGUUGGCCCCCUUGUGGCUGCAGCCUGUAGUGAUGGUGCAGUGAGGCUCUUUGUCUUGCAGGACUCUGGGCGGAUUCUACAGCUCUUUGCAGAAACUUUCCAUCAUGAGCGCUGUGUUCUCAAGGUCCACUCCUUUACACACGAAGCACCCAAUCAGCAGCGGCGGCUGUUCUUGUGCAGUGCAGCGACUGAUGGCAGCCUGGCCUUCUGGGACCUUACCACAGUGCUGGACCAUGGUUCUGCUCUCCUGGAGCCUCCAGCGGAGCCUGGCCUUCCCUACCAGCUGGGCACUCCCUGCUUGACACUCCAGGCCCACAGCUGUGGUAUCAACAGCCUGCACACCAUGCCCACACGUGAGGGCCACCAUCUUGUGGCCAGUGGCAGUGAGGAUGGCUCCCUCCAUGUCUUUGUGUUAGCUGUGAAGGCACCAGAGCUGGAAGAAGCUGUGGGUGAGCCAGAGCUGAUGCCUCAAUUGCAUGUGCUAGAAGAAUACUCUGUGCCCUGUGCCCAUGCUGCCCAUGUGACAGGCCUCAAGAUCCUGAGCCCCACCCUCAUGGUCUCAGCCUCCAUUGACCAGCGGCUGACAUUCUGGCGUCUAGGGCAUGGUGAGCCCACCUUCAUGAACAGCACUGUGUACCAUGUACCCGAUGUGGCCGAUAUGGAUUGCUGGCCUGUGAGCCCUGAGUUUGGCCACCGCUGUGCUCUUGGGGGCCAAGGGCUUGAGGUUUACAACUGGUAUGACUGAGGUGUCCCACGGUGGCCGGUGUGCUGGGUAUGGGGCCUGCUCACAGGCAGUGGAACAGGGAUCAACUGUCUGUGCCUAUGCCCAGCAUAUCUCGAGGGGAGGUGGCCGUGGGUUCCUGACUCCAGAGCAGGACUAGAGUUGAAGAUUUUGUAAACAUUCCUAGAUGUUGAGCCCUCUGUGUCCUUAGAUAUGGUUCAGUGGAGGGAGACCCAGCAUCGCAAGGCCAGCAUG